UGUGGUUUGCCUUGCCUGGCUCUUAAAAUGGGUGAAUCUGAGUCUGCGGUUACACAGAUAAUAGUCUCAGCUUGUAGUGGCUUUUCUGAUCUGAUCUGAAUAAAGAAUGUGAGAUAUUUCUCUUCAUGUUUUCUUUUAUUGAUUGAAACAAAGCAUGCCUUUCAUACUUGAAUGACUGCUCAGUGCUCAGCUGGUCCAAUCUGUGCUAGCAGACCAAGAUGAAGAGCACAACAGUCAGAGGAUGUCUUCAACACAACACUUCACUAACAUGACACGACACCCCCGAAAAGUUGAGAGAAGAGACAACAUGGGCGUACUUUGCCCUCAGUUAUCAUCCCAUGAGAGAAGUAUCCUUGUAAAACGGUCCAUGCUUUGAAGGUUGUUUGAAACUAAACAGCACCAUCCCCACCCACUGAGAUGUUUUACUCACACUAAGUUUCUAGGCAAACAAGCUGUUAUUUGCAUGGAACAUCUUUAAAGGGAAGACUGUAAAUAUGUCUUUCUUUGUUUCUCAUUCCCAUCUGAUAUUCUAGAGUGCUUUUGGUGGUUUUAUUUGCAUGUCUUGGAAGUUUUAAACAUGUGGUUAAAACAUGGGCCUGUUUGAGAAGAAUCACUCAGGGCUUAGAUACAGUUUUGUCUUCAUGAACUAUUAAAUGAUUCCUGACAAGAUUAAUACUAAGAAAAAGUAUUAAAUAAUAGCUUCUUUCUGCAGUGUGAUGUGUUCAAGAUCACAACUAUUUGACCUCCUUCAAGUUGACAGUGAUGGCAAAUGCAUUCUACCUUUCAACCACAUGAGGGUAUCUUCGAGAUCUAAAGAUCAUUGAGAGAGCAAGAUAAUUAAUUGUGUCCUGAAAGUAUCCUACAUUAUUUCUAUAGUUGUUAUUUAGGGAUUGAGUGGUUAUAUUGUGUGUCACCCCAUGUAUGUCCUACCUGUUUCCACAACAACCAAUGUUAUGGUGUCUCUUUUAUCAGUUGAAAUGAACAGGACCUGUCAUGCAUGCCUUCACAAGCAAUUGAUGGUUUUACAAUUGUUUUUACGCGAGCCUUUUACUGAGACCUGUUGAAGACAUAAUGUCCAGAAAUAUCUGUAUCCUACCUAACACCAUAAUACCAAUAAUAUAAAUGCAUAAAGCACAGAUUUUUAAGACAGUAUUGAUCACAUGGAUUCAUUGAUUGAAUGAAAAAAAACUGGGAGCUAAAUAGUCGAAGUCUCGUCUCUCUACCGUUGUCCCGUUUGGUUUUAACUGGGGGUGGGCGGUUUAGCACUGUCAUACUCCCUCCACUGUGUCUCCCUCUGCAAAUGAUAAAACAGUGUCUCUUGGGAGGCGAAAGCGGCACAUCCCUGUUGUCCCGGAAUCUAAAAUCCACCCCAUCAGUCCAGGAGGACAACCACAUUCACACCACUGCCGCCAAGAGAUGACCCGUCCAGUCUCCGCGCCCGAAGCCAACGCUACUACCGGGGGGCUUGGAGCUGCAUAGCACCAACGCUCCGCCGACUGACCCAAAGAAGGGAACAGAGAUUUUUUUGAUACGAACACCCAGGACUACUUAUCUUCUAAGGGAAUUAUCUAGCUAAUUUCAUUUUUUCCCCCUCACUAAAGCAAGCAGCGGUCGUUGUGUUCAAUGACACCAUGCUCAUUGUCUCGUCCCGCAGUGCGCUGCUGUCCGUCUACUAUCCCCAGAUCUUCCUCAUCCUCACCAGCGGUAGCUACCUGGCACUGUCCUCGGUGGUAGCAUUGGGCGCUAACAUCAUCUGCAACAAGAUCCCUGGGCUGGCCCCUAGACAGCGCGCACUCUGCCAGAGCCGCCCGGAUGCCAUCAUCGUCAUCGGUGAGGGUGCCCAGCAGGGCAUCAAUGAGUGCCAGUACCAGUUCCGCUAUGGCCGCUGGAACUGCUCCGCCCUGGGCGAGAGGACCGUCUUCGGACAAGAGCUGAGAGUAGGCAGCCGAGAGGCGGCGUUCACCUAUUCCAUUACGGCGGCUGGCGUGGCACAUUCGGUGACAGCGGCGUGUAGUCAGGGCAACCUGAGCCAGUGUGGCUGCGACAGGGAGAAGCAGGGCUACCAUGACCAGGAGGAGGGCUGGAAGUGGGGAGGCUGCUCGGCCAACAUCAAGUACGGCGUGGAGUUCUCCAGACGCUUCGUGGAUGCCCGAGAGAUCAAGAAGAACGCCCGACGUCUGAUGAACCUGCAUAAUAAUGAGGCAGGACGAAAGAUCCUGGAGGAGCAUAUGAAGUUGGAGUGUAAGUGUCACGGCGUGUCAGGCUCCUGCACCACCAAGACCUGCUGGAUCACCUUACCCAAGUUCCGGGAGAUUGGCUACAUCCUGAAAGAGCGCUACAGCGAGGCGGUCCAAGUCGAACCGGUCCGGGCCUCCCGUCUCCGCCAACCAUCCUUCCUUCGGCUGAAGGAGGCGCGGGGCUACCAGAAACCCACGGACACAGAUCUGGUCUACCUGGAGAGGUCUCCUAACUACUGCGAGGAGGACACGGCAACAGGGAGCACAGGGACGCGGGGGAGGCUGUGUAACCACACGUCACCCCAUACCGACGGCUGCAAUCUGAUGUGUUGUGGUAGAGGCCACAACACCCACCAGUAUACCCGCGUGUGGCAGUGCAACUGCAAGUUCCAGUGGUGCUGUUUUGUGAAGUGUAACACGUGCAGCGAGAAGUCUGAGGUGUUCACCUGCAAAUAAAGGAUGGAUGGACAAGCAGAUGGAUGGAGGGAUGAGGGACGGAGCUGGGAAAAGGGACAAGGCAAGGCAAGGCCCUGAGAGAGGAUACAAGGAAGGAAAAAAGGGUACUAGGACGUGGACUUAGUGGGGAAGGACUUCAGGAGGGACUCUACAGAGUGGACUUGGAAAAUUGUUCGAUUCUUCACGGCUUCAUUUUGCACAUUGGACAUCCUAUUUGAUUUUUAAAAACAAAGGAAUGAUUAAAUGUACUAAAAUGACUUUGAGAGAAAUUACUUUGAGAAGUAGGCAAAUAAUGUUUUCUUCUUAUGUGCUGACUGGAAAACUGUGAUGCAGAUAUACUAUGUGUUGCAAGAUAUUGAUGAAGUGCAAGGAUUGUGGUUGUUCAUUUUUCUGUCUCCAACCAAGCAAAUCUGUUUAUUGGAAACAUUGCGGACCCAAACUUUAUCAAGUGCAGUUUUCAUCUCCUCGGUAACACUGCUCAUAAAAGCAAAAUUAACCUCGACAUCUGAAACAGGGAAGUAAAAAAACUGACAUAAUUACAACCUCAAACUGGAAACGGUACAUCAGCAAAGUGCCUUUUGACUGCGAUGGGAGACGGAUGGAGAGAGAAAGGAGCGUGGUUUCAAAAGACUGGUGUAGAAUGGUGGUGUACCUUGACUAUCCAGUCACACUGUAUUUACAAAGCCUUCAGAAACUAUUCACACCCCUUGCUUUUUUUUAGUGUAGUGUUACAAAGUGUUAUUAAAAUGGAUUUGUAAUUUCCUGUCAACAAUAUACACAAAAUACUCUAUAAUGUCAAAGUGGGAGAAAAAUUUUAACAUUUGUAAAAAAAAAAAAAAAAAAAAAACGAAUGAAUGAAAAAUAAAACACAAAUACAUCUGGAUUAGAUAAGUAUUCAACCCUCUUGAGUCAAUACAUGUAAGAAUCACCUUUGGCAGUGAAUACAGCUGUGUCUUUCUGGGUAAGUCUCUAAAAGCUUUCCACACAUGGAUUGCGCAACAUUUGUCAAUAAUUUUUUCAAAAUUCUAAUAGCUCUGUCAAAUUGGUUGUUGAUCAUUGCUAGACAACCAUUUUCAGGUCUUGCCAUAGACUUUCAAGGAGAUGUAAGUCAAAACUGUAACUCGGCAACUCAUUCACUGUCUUCUUGGUAAGCAAUUCCCGUAUAGAUUUGGCCAUGUGUUUUAGGUUAUUGUCAACAACAACAAAACAGUUGAUGAAAAUGUAAGUUGCUCUGGAUAAGAUUCAAAAAUGACGCCUGUAACUUCAUA